AUGCCUUCUCGUUCGCAUUCAUCUAGUUCCACUUCAAAAGAUUCAAAUCGUGAUUCAAGUCGUAAAUCAAAAAGUCGUCAUCGUCGUAAUGUUCGUUUAGAAGAACAAAACAAUAAUUAUCGACAUCAUUAUCUUCCAUUUACUAUUCCAUCAUCAUUUUACAAUAUUGUACAUGUCCAUCGAUUUACUACUAUUGAUACUAUUUCUACACUAAUUAAUCAUUUUGAAUCAUGUUAUAGAUAUUCAAUCGAUACGGAAUCAGAUCGAUUUACAUAUGAAUUAUCUCUUAUUCAAGUUCAUUCUAUUCCUCAAAAAUUACCAUCAUUUAUCGUAUUAUUUGAACUUCAUCAUUUUCCUCCAUCAGAUACAUUAUUAUUUGAAAAAAUUAAAUUGUUAUUUCGUCUUUUAUUUCGUUUAGGAAAUAUCAUUUUUUCUUGGGGGCCGAUGUCCGACGAAUUAAUGCCUGCUGUUCGAAUGAAUUUAUUUACAUGGCCAGUACCUGCAUUAUUGUUCAAUUUGCAAGAUGAAUUUUAUAGUUGGUAUAGAGGGGCACUGCCUCCUUGUGAGGCAUGUGGCUCGAUUCAAUUAUCGACUAUGAUUACGUCUUCAAACUUUUCAUGUAUUUGUUCAAAACAUUCUCCUUAUGUUAACCCGGCAGAUAAAUGGUCAUUACAGAAUGCUGUUUUUUAUACUGUUAAUCGCUUUCUUGAUAAAUCAUCAACAAAGAAAAAUUGGAGUGUUAUGUUAGAUCCAAACCAUUCGCCAUUAUCAUUAUAUGAACAACACAAACGAAUUAAUUAUGCAAUUUACGAUUGCUUUGCCGUCACCUUAUUACAUCAAGCAAUUUAUGAUAAAUGGUCGUUAAUUAAACUUCGUGAAGCUCAAUUAAUAUCUUUAUUUACUUCAACUGCUCCACCUCAUUCGUUAUCAUUAGCUACAUCAACAUUUUUGGAAAAUAUUUCCGACAACGAAAAUGAAGUAACAUCAACAUCUUUACCGAUUUUAAAUGCUCCACGUCAUUCAUCAUCAUUACCAUUAUCAACUUUAUUCGAAGACAUUUCUGAAGAUGAAAGUGAGGAUGAAAUAUUUAUGUCAUCCAUUUCUAGACAUUAUGGUACACAUCAAGCAGUUAAUACAACUCGCCAUGUUGAGAUUCUUCCUGCUGUAGCUCAUGAUGAUGAUGUUAUAGAACCUAUUGCAUCUGAUCAAGAAUUAUCUUCUAAUGAACCACCUAAAUUACGUCGAAAUUGUCGUUCAUCAUCAGCACGAACACGUCGUAAUCGCAAACGAAACAUGGUCAAACGUCUACAUCGUGAUCAACAUAUUAUUUAUCGCAAAGUUUAUCACCGAUUCAAUAUUCGUCAGAUAAAGAACAUCCUUCGUGCUCGUAAUGUUCGAUAUGUCCAUUUAACACUUCACAAAUCGUCACAAGUCUUAUCAAUUGGAAUGAAAAAACCUUCUCUGGUGGACUUAUACUUUGAUCGAUUACCUGGUGAUUUAUUUGAUAAAGAACAUUAUCAACAUUAUCGUCAAAAUGAACAUUAA